UUUUUUAUUUCUUGAAUAACUGUGACGGGUCAUAGGGAUCCAUAGAAUUGCUCUCUCUCAGAUUAUCCAUUGAAGCGCACUCAACGUUCUCCAUUGAAGCGCAGUUAGCGCUCUCCGUUGAGUCUAGUUCUUGUAUCCCCCAUUGAAGCAACUUCAGAGGUGCCAUUUCAAACGCCCGUAGUAGCCAAUAGAGGUGUCUUGAAGUUUUACUUAACUACGAAACUAUAUAAUCAAAGAAUUUGUAGUCUUGAUCCUCAAACACUAAAAUGGCGAUGGAGGUGAAGUCAAAUAGCAGUGUACCGGAAACCCAACUCCUAGAAAAGAUAUCCGCCGCUAUCUCCGCCAUUACCACCGCCAAAUACGUCGACGACGUCAUUUUAACACUUCAUUCCGUCGCAAUCCUCAUUUUUCCCGUCGAUACUUCGUCCCUUUCAGGAGUGAUUUCAGAGAGAUAUAGGGAUCAGCUCAAUCAAUUAGAAGUACCCUAUGCAAGUGAGGGGAGGAACCACGUGUGGGAAGUAUUCUAUAAAGGAGUUUCAUUUCCUACAUUAGCUCGAUUUUUGAUUCAUGAUGUUGCUUCCAAUUGGUUAUCUUGCUUCCCUUUGACUGCAAGGAAGCUGGUUUAUGAUGUAUUUUUCGUUAAAGGUCUCAUUUUUGAGGUUGUUCAAGCAUUGAUUCCUUCUCUAAAUCAUAGUACCAGUGUUGUAAGAUCAAAUACUGAAAGAUUAGUUGCACUCUGCUUGUUAGAAAAUGAAGGAGCUCUUCAGCUGGCUAAGGAACUGGAUGUUUACCAUGAAUCUAAUGAUAACUCUGCUUCUUUAGUCAAGCUCACAGUAUCUAGAGUGGCACAGCUUGUUGCAUCUGUCCCAGACAAAACACGGCCUGGAGCUCUUAAAUCUCUUUCAUCUCAUUUAUUUUUUAAGAGCAUCACUAUCCAGCUUCUGGAUGGAGCAGAAGAAAAAAGCAGGAAGUUAUAUGGCAAAGAAGUUUACACUGGUGUGGAUGGUUCCUUCCUAUUUGUUGCAGAAAUGUUUGCUCGCAUUUGUCGACGUGGAUCAGCUGAUUUGCUGGUAAGUGAGGUGAUUCCCCGAAUUCAUAGACGUGUACGAAACCUUUUAUCGUCCCAUGACAAGGAUAUUAUCACUGAGAAAAGUUUCAAAUCAGACCCUAGUUUCCAGUUCUGGUUAUUGAUGAUAGGAACCAUUAAAGAUGCAUAUGUUUUGGAAAAAAUGACUGAGCAAAUCUUGCAUCAGCUGGUAUAUGAAAGUGCAAACGACACCGAAGCAUAUUGGAUACUAUGGAUAUUAUUUCAUCAGUCAUUUCAACAUCAGACAACAGUCAGGGUCAUAUUUGUUGAUAAAUUUCUCCUCUUGAAAGUACUUCCAUUCUGCUGCUUGAGAUGGAUACUCCAGUUUGCUGUUUUUGGUUGCCCUUUUGAUGAUGGCAAGUUGAAGAAAAGUGAAAACAAUCAUGUUCUGUUGGAAGCUGUCAGCCGUGUUGUACAAGUAUGGUCUACUCGGGAAUUUGUACAAUCGUCUCCUUUAGAGCAGCAAUUCUAUGUAACAGCUGUGGCAGGUCUUUUGUUGGAGAAUAUGUCUAGGGAAGAGCUAGACUCGACCAAGGAUGUUAUGCGCUUAAUUCUUGAAGGAGUUAGCUGUAGACUGGAGAACCCUGAUGAAUUAGUCAGAAAAAUGGCAAGCAAUGUGGCACUUGUAUUUUCUAAGGUAGUAGAUCCAAAAAAUCCUCUUUACCUUGAUGAUAGCUGUAGAGAAGAAAAUGUAGAUUGGGAAUUUGGAUUACCCUCCUCAAUGGGUGCUUUGUCUAGUAAAAAUAGAACCUCCAACAACGUGGUGAAAGCAGAAUCAAAUGAUAAAGGUGUGCAUAUGGAAAGCCAAAACCAUGGAGAUACACAUGAAAGAGAAAGCAAGUUGAAUCCUGACAAAAAGAAACCUUUUGAGCUUAUGUUGGUUGAUCCGGAUGAGAUUGUUGAUCCAGCAUCAUUAAACGAUGAGUUUCUCACUGGUGAAGAGGUGGAUGAUAACGCAAGUGAAGAUUCUGAAUCCUCAAGUGACUCAUCAUUGCAGCCUUAUGACUUGACAGAUGAUGACAGUGAUCUUAAGAAGAGGAUCUCUCAGUUGGUGGAUGUUGUUGGGGCCCUUCGAAAAUCUGAUGACCCUGAUGGAGUUGAAAGAGCUCUUGAUGUUGCAGAAAAGCUUGUGCGAGCAUCACCUGAUGAACUUCGGCAUGUGGCCAGUGAUCUAGUAAGAACCCUUGUACAAGUCCGUUGCACUGAUUCAGUGGUAGAAGAAGAGGAAGAUUCGGCUGAAGAAAAAAGGCAGAAGGCACUGGUUGCAUUGCUUGUGACGUGCCCUUUUGAAUCUGUAAAUACUGUGAAUAAACUUUUAUAUUCUCCUCAUUUGGAUGUGAGCCAGCGCAUCAUGAUACUUGAUGUCAUGACAGAUGCAGCUGAGGAACUUGCUAAUGCUAAAACCAUUGUUAGGAAAACCCAGCCAAAAUCUCUGAUAUCAUCUGCAUCCGAACCUCAACUCUGGUUCUUGCCAAGUAGCAAAGGGCCGACUGGAGCUGGAUCCUGGAAAGAAAUCCCAGAUACACUUCCGUUCUCUUCAUUGAAUUUGACCAACCGGUUUGAGAGAGAGCUUCCUUCAAAGUCUGUUGAAAUCAAAGGAAAAACUCGCCGAUGGGGUCAUAACCCAGCAAACUUGCAGGGUAGUGUGAAUGACUGGUCUCAGAACAAGUUUCCUCUUUAUGCGGCAGCAUUUAUGCUUCCUGCUAUGCAAGGGUUUGAUAAGAAAAGCCAUGGAGUUGACUUGCUCGGAAGGGAUUUCCUUGUUUUAGGGAAACUUAUUUAUAUGCUUGGAGUUUGUGUCAGAUGCAUAGCUCUGCAUCCAGAAGCAUCUACUUUGGCUCCUGCUCUUCUGGACAUGCUAAGGUCAAGGGAGGUAUGCCAACACAAGGAAGCAUUUGUUCGGAGAUCAGUCCUCUUUGCUAUAUCAUGCUGUUUGAAUGCACUUCACCCCUCAUUUAUAGCAUCUUCCUUAAUGGAAGGGAAUGAAGAAAUUUCUAGAGGACUUGAGUGGGUUCGGACAUGGGCACUUCAGAUAGCCGAAUCAGACACUGAUAGAGAAUGUUGUACGAUGGCCAUGGCAUGCCUUCAGCUUCAUGCACAGAUGUCUCUCCAAGCUUCCCGAGCUUUCAACUCCGCUGAAAGCAGUCAGCAAAAGCAAAGCAUCGGGCUUCCGUCUAAUCUGGCAAAGGGGGUUAUCAGAAUUCCUGGAUCCAACAGUUUUCUUGGCUAAUUGGGUUUUGAUAUUAGUAGGCUGUACUGUACAGUUAGGCAUUGUUGCAAUCCACUGUAAAUAUUACUUGCAUCUUAUAGGUAGCUACUAAUGUUUUGAUGUUUGCUAUUUUAGUAGUAUCUGUUAUUUAUUUAUUGGAUUUUUUCACAUUUGCUACCACCUAAAACACCUAGCUUUAGAUU